GGGGGCACCGCCGGCAGCACACUCCACUCUCAGCAGCCGUUCUGUCGUCGUGUGUCCGCCGCGUGCGUUUGUUUUACUCUCUGUCUCUGACAACCAACCGCAACAACGCACGUUGUAUAUGCCGGGUUAGCAAAAAAUACUUAAAACAACGGAAAUGUGCGCCGUCGUUUGACCGCCAAUUUUCCCUCAGUGCGCAGUGUGUGUUUUGAUUUUUUGAGUUCCGCCUGGUAGGAAUUUUUCUUCUUUUUGGACGUGUUUAAAGUGCCAACAACGCUGGAACAUUUAAGGCCCAUUGUGGCUUCAAUAAACGCUCUCAUUGGAAAUUACAGCGAUACCAUGGAGGCCACUUAUUGUGUCGGUACAGAUGUUGACGUUUGCAGGAUGUUCGAUCAGUAUCUUUACAAGAGAACUGAAAACGUAGACCUAUCGCUGAGCAUACCGCAGUCAAACUUUCAAGCCAACGGAUACGACAUGGGAGAUCAGACAUUUCACACUCCAAGUUUUGGGGACGAAGAAUUCGACAUUCCUGCUAUAAAUCCGCAGCAGCAGCAGCAGCAACAACAGCAGCAAGCGCAGAAUCACUCUGGAGAGCAGCAGCAACAGCAGCAGCAUUAUCAGCCCCCUAUGCAAGGGAUGCAGCAGAUGUCGCAGCAAAUGAAUCAACAACAAGAUGCCAUGGGUAUGCAUGACCCUACAGGAGGCUACCAACAGCCCCUGUACCUAUCUGGGCCUGACCACGGCAUGGUAAACUCAUCGUACCACAGCCCGCAACCCAACUACUCGAUGAGCCCUAGCCAGCAGCAACAGCACAACAACCAGCUGCUGAUGAUACAGCAACAGCAGCAGCAGCAGCAGCAGCAACAACAGCAACAAAUGAUGAUGAGCCACGGUCAGCCUCCCCCUGGCGCAAUGGGCCCUUACGGGACGUCCCCCCAACAUCCCCAAGGAAGGGGGAACAGCCCCCCUGCUCCAGGACAGGAGCCAACCACCAGCGAAGAUAGCGAUGACAGUACUCCUCAUCCCGCCAUAAUUACGGCCAUGAAGCGGCCGUCACCUGAGCCUGCCGACCAGACGCUGACAAAGGCCCAAAAAAAGCCGAAAGUGCAGAAAAAGAAAAAGAAGCGGGACCCCAAUGAGCCGCAAAAACCAGUGUCGGCGUACGCACUUUUCUUCAGGGAUACGCAGGCAGCAAUAAAAGGGCAAAAUCCAAAUGCGAGUUUUGGAGAAGUGUCCAAAAUAGUGGCGUCUAUGUGGGAUGCACUGGAUUCAGAACAUAAAAAUGUGUAUAAAAAGAAAACUGAAGCGGCCAAGAAGGAGUACCUCAAGGCUCUAGCCGCCUACAGGGCAAGUUUGGUGUCCAAAGGCGCCGGUGAAGGAGAGGGGAUGUAUGGAAACUACGGUAACUACAGCACUGGGGCGCCGCAGUACGGGGGCUACAAUCCGCAGGGCGCGAUCCCGUCGCCGCCCAUGGCGGGCGCCCAGCCCCCGCAGCAGCAGCCCGGCGGCCCUAACCAGUCCCCGCUCGGCAAAAAACCGCCGAUGAUGGGAAUGCCGUCCCCGCAACAGCAGCAGCAGCAGCAAGGCCCGCCGCACCCCGGCAUGAUGCAGACGCACAUGGGCAUGCCGCCUCACAUGCAGCCGCCCCCGCAGCACCAGUACAUACAACAGGUUCCUCAGCCGCAACACAUGCCCGUCUCGCCCCAGCAGCAGCAGCAGCAGCAGCCCCAGCAACAGCAACACCCCCAGCAGCAGCACAUGGCCGCGCAGCACCAGCAGCAGCAGCAGCAGCACAUGUCGCCGCCCGCGAUGGUGUCGAGUUCGCCGCCGACGUCGGCGGGCGGCGGCGGCCAGGGUCAGGGCCAAGGCGGUCAAGGUCAGCCGCCGUCCGGGCCGCCCUCGUCGUCGGUGGUGGGGCAGCAGCAGGGCGGCGGCCAGAUGAGGCCGAACCCGUGCAUACGUCACGGCUGCACCAACCCAGCCAUCACCAAUCCCGAGUGGGAGGACGAGUACUGCAGCAAUGAGUGCGUGGUCAGCCAUUGUCGUGACGUGUUUACAACAUGGGUGUCCGGUAACAAGAGCCAGCCGCAAAAUUUCUCGACAGUAAAAUAAGGAACAAAUCGCUUGCAGUUGUACGAACUCGAAAGAAACAUCAAACAAAUAAAAAAAUCCACUUGUUGGCGGGGGUGCGACAACAACAAAAUAUUUAAGCAAUACAAUACCAACCAUUUUUUUGGGUCAGAUAUAUAAAGUCUAUUUAAAUGUAGGUAAGUUUAUAAAAAAAUAAUAAUAAUAAUAAUAACGGGGAGAGAAUUUUAAAACGCGAGGGAACUUGAGACGAGCAUGUUGGGCAUAGUGAGAGGAACUUAGUAAAUAAGUGUUGUAAAUAAAAAUUAAGAUAAUCAUUUCUUAGCCGUGAGUUUGCGCGGUAACCAAUAGGACCGCGCAAAUUCAUCCCAUAGGUAUACAAGAUAAACAAUAUUAUUAUUGUAAUACUAGUUUAUGAAUUGUAUAUUAUAAAAAACAGACGGAAAAUUGACGUUUCGUUUUGUUAGGUUUUUUUCGUAUCUAAGUUGCCCGGAAACUCAAAAUAUCGUAGUCGGUCUUGAUGUGACAGUUGUUAAGUCAAGUCGGCUGUUACCAUAGCGACCAUCUUGUUUCCAGGGCAACCUAAUAAUAAUCUUGCAAUAUAUACGUAAUUUUUUUGAUUUUUUGAUGAAACGUUUAUUUUCCACUAUCGUUGUUAAAUUUCAUGCUAUGUAAAUGCAUGUAUUCUUAAAAUUUUCGUAGUUAGGUAUGUCCAAAGUACAUAAGAUAAAAUAAAAAAUCUGUUUUUAGUUGAUACUGAUAGUUGUUACAUUGAUUCGGAGAUGUGAGUUCAUUUUUUGCAAGUCAGCCAUAAAAUAAAAAUAAUUUUCGCGAAUUUGAAAAUUAUUUUUUAUUUUUUCGGCGGUGUUUUCCGUUUUUUGUACUGAUUUUAAGGACUGACAUAAAAUUUUAAAAGCAAUUAUUGGACACCAUUCUUUUCAGUUUGGAUUGUAUGUACAUAAGCCGUUUAAUUAUUUUAUUCGCAAAUCUUGAUUUUUAAGACUUGUACAGUUUUAUCGACGUCCUUAUUAUUUAGGGUCGCGGAUUUGACGAUUGUUUAUCGAUUAUUUUUCGAUUUUCGGGGGUUUCCGCGAUGAUCCCGAAAAAAUAGUUAUAGUGUAAUUAUUUUUAUAUAUCAUUGACCAAUCAGAAUUACGCUUUUUCGUCGAUGUAUAUAAAACUUGCAAUUGUUACUUUACUGUACAGGUGUUUUCAUUUUGUUUUGAAAAAUGCAUUUUUUUGUAAAUCAAACGUUGGUUUAUUUCGUCAAACACCUGUACAAUUGUUAUACAUAUAUGUAGAUGUGACAUUUUUUGGUAAACAUCCCUAUAGUAUUAAAUACAUGGUGAAGGAUGUACAUAAUUUGUGAAUAUGUUGAGACCUGUGUAAAGAUAUGAACUGUUUUAAACAGUGACUGUUAUAAAUUGCCAUUAUUUUUUACAUUUCACUUGAAACGUGGUGAUUUAUAAGUAUUCUUGUUUUUAUUCUUUUUUUGAGGCUGUUUAAAACAAUUUGAUCUGACGAAUUGUACAUGAAAAUAGAUAAAUACAUAUGAUAAUUAUGUGAAAAAUUGUUUUUAUUUUGUUUGAUUGAUUUUUUUAAUGUUUAUUUUAAUGAAAAGAAGAACGUGUUUGGAUUAAAACAAUGUACCCAAACAAUCAACUCGAUAAAGUAUUAAGAAAUAUUAAUUAAAUAUCGAAUAUAUUUCAUUAUCUCUAAAUGAGCUUUAAAGUAUUUAAGUACAACUUACGUUCCACUAUUACAUACAUUGUAUAUAUCAUAUUUUAUCCUGACAAGCACACAACCUAUACUAUGUAAUCCAUUAAUAUUUAAAAAUAAAUAGAUUCUACUGAA